CGCAGCCGUCGCCUCGGCGUCGGCGUCUGCCAGCGUCGCGCGCUCCUCGGCUCACGUCGCGCGGCAGGCCGCUGCCGGCUCCCUCGCGACGCAGCACGGGCGCGUGGCUAUGCGCUCGUGAGUGGACAGAGCUGCACACCGCCGUGGACAGAGGCUUGCGGCCGGGCCACGGCGCUGCGGCGUCUGCGACGUUGUGGUCUGAGCGCUAGCGCCGCAGUGUCCCCGGCUUGGGCCGCACCUCUGGCGCCCCAUGUCGCGGUCUGCUGACCCUGCCCUCGAUCGCAGCUUCUCUUCGUCUGCGCGCGCACCUGGCAUGAUGGACGGCCUCUUCUCGCGCAUGCGCACCAUUCGUGACGGCGCCUCGCGCCUCGCCACGGGCAACCGGCUGGAGCGCGAGCGUGCGUCGCGGCAGCGCGGCCCGACGGAGCCUGCCACGCGCGCGCCGGCCGCGGAGGUGGACAUGGGUGUCGACUCGGAGGGCAAUCCGCUGGCCGACGUCAGCGCUGAGCCCAGCGAUCUGGCGUUCGAAGCACGGCGGGCUGCGCAGCGCAAGAAGGCCGUGCUGCGCACGCAGCGGAAACGGUGGAGCGUGCCGCGCAUGGCCGUGCCGCCGGGCGGAGGCGAGGCCGUGGCAGUGUACGACGAGCACAAGUAUUCCACGGCGGCGUUCCGCAUCUCGCCGCGCAAGCUCAAGAUGCUCGCCGACCAGAUCGGCGGCAAGCCCAUCGACCAUGCCAUCCUGCAGAUGCAGUUCAGCGGCAAGAAGGCCAGCAAGCGCAUCAAGAGCACCCUGGCGCUGGCGCGAGAGCAUGCCGUGCAGAAGGGCCUGCGUCCCAAUCACCUCGUCGUAGCCGAGGCAUGGGUGGGCAAGGGCCGCAGGUACAAGACCAUCGAGCCAAAGGGCCGCGGCAAGACGGGCAUCCGCAAGCACCCGACGGCGCGGCUGAGCAUCGUGCUGCGCGAGGGCAAGACGUGGGAGGCAAAGGAGCGCAAGGCGCUCGACCUUGCGCGCCGGCGCGUGCGCAGCAUCGGCACGGCCGGCGUCGUGCGCGUGGCGCGCCCCGUGGUCAAUGCGUGGAAGCGGCCCGGCUGGAACUGGUAGCCUCGUGCAAAUGGCAGACACUGCAAGCUGCAGGCAUGACCAGGGGCAGAAAGGUGUGGUAUUGCGAGGCCAGUGCUGGCGCCGUCGCAAGUGUGGCACGAGGAGGGAUUGCUCUACGCUCUAGUCCGAGAUGUCGCCGUUCGAG